AUGGAUGAAUCGAAAGCUCCCUCCCACACUGAGCCUCAAGCUAGUGCAGCAGCUGAGCCUAUGGCUGUAGAAGCCACUGUCAGCGCGCCUGUUGCGACAUCCACGGAGCCAACGUCCGCGCCGACAGGGGUGACCGAGCCUCUGUCGACACCAGCGACGACAGUCGAACCAAUGUCGUCGGUGGAGGCUAAGCCUAGUGAGGUGCCUGCCUCUUCGGAUACGGUGGCUGCGCCCACAUCACAACCGGAGAGUACAUCAGCUCCUGCGGAUGGAGCUGAAACUUCUGCCUCUGCUCCUGCCUCUGACCCAGCCCCAGAGCCAACGACAGUAUCGACGCCCUCUCAAGGCACCGAAGCCCCUGACGCUGCAGCUGCUACUUCUGCGCCAGCUGGUGCAGAGAUAGAGACGAAGCUGGAGGCUACGCCCGUGACAUCUGAGGCCCCAGCUGCUACACCUGCGCCUGCUAGACCUGCUGCGCCGCAGGCUGCUACCCCAGCUACUCCUGUCGUAUCCACAACGGAGGGAUCAUCAAGCACCGAUGGCCUCACUCAUAUGGAUAUGGUCAUGCCGCAUGUCAAGUAUGCGCAAAACACUAUUCGCUCGUUAAAGUCUCGUCGUGAAGCUGGUGCCUUCUUGCAGCCUGUCGACCCGAUCGCCCUCAAAAUCCCCCAUUAUACCCAGAUAAUUUCUCACCCUAUGGACUUGGGCACGAUCGAUCAAAAGCUGGCGCUGACAGCUCAUCGUUUGAAGAGUUCGCAAGGUGUCCAGAGCCGAUUGUCUGAUAAGUUGAAGCAAGCGAUUGAUACAGGUCGUAUCGAUCCGGAAAAAGACUUUUAUCGCCGUGUCGAUGAAUUCGAGCGAGAUGUGUUCCUUGUGUUUGAUAACUGUGUUCGCUUUAAUGGUUCAGAACACAUCUUCUCCAAGAAUGCUGAAGUACUUCGCGGCAUUUUUGAGAAGCAGCGCAAAGGCCUCGCGUCGGCUGUGGCCGUGGCGGAGGAGGCGAACUCGCCGGAGGCCAAGGCACGUCGAAACUCUUCUUCGCUACCCACUAUUCGCCGUUCCACCAAUGGUGGUCGUCCCAAGCGCGAGAUUCACCCGCCGCCAUCGCGUGACUUGCCAUGGACGGAGGAGCAUUUACACCCUGCCUCGAAAAAGGCUGUAGCGGCUCGUCUGGGCAAGAGUGUGGAUGCCAUCUCAUCGCGCGAGCAAUCUUACUGGUCGAAGGUCAUCAAUGAUGAGCUGAAGUUCUGUUACCGAAUUAUUGAUGAUCUGCUGAAGCCCGCCAACCAGGACCUUGCGUGGGUGUUUUAUGAUUUGCCUGCGAAGGACUUUGACUGGGCACCUGCGUAUUACCAAAUCAUCAAGAAGCCCAUUGCUCUCAUUCCUAUUCAGCGCAAGCUGAAAAGCGGUGGAUACGCUGAUCUUGCUGCAUUUGAUGCCGACAUGCAGCUCAUGUUCCGGAACUGCUUCACAUUCAACCCGCCGGACUCGGAUGUCACGCGUGUGGCGCUCAACUCUGUCCAGGCGGCGCUGGCUGGUGCUCUUAGUGUAGCGGAUAUGACGAAGCGCAAGGGCAAGAAGCGUAGUGCCACUUCGAUGGACAAGAAGAGCAAGGGUGGUGACCGUAAAAAGAAGGCGGCGGCUUCAAAGAAGCCACGUACUGGUACGUCGCCUACGCCACGCAAGCGCAUGGCUGGCUCAGACGAAGAGGAUGUGCGCACUGUCACGUUCGAUCAGAAGGAAGAGCUGGCGGCCAAGAUCACUGAGCUCUCUGACGAACGUCUGGAAGGCGCUAUCCGGAUUAUCAACGAAGAUAAGCCGGCGGGUGCACAGGGUACCGAAGACGAGGAGAUUGAGCUUGAUAUUGACGAGCUCUCGCCCCAGACUCUAUACAAGCUCUACAAGUAUGUCGUGCGCCCGAAGAAAAAAACGCAAGGCCCUGAGCUAGGUCCUAAUGGCAAGCCUAUGCCUGCCAGUGCUCCGAUUGAUGGUCGCAAGCGUGGUACGGGUGGUCUGAAGAAGAAGAACUUGGAUGAAGAGGAGGAAGCCGCUCGCAUUGCGCGUCUGCAACAGCAGCUGCAGCAGUUCAACGAUGCGGCGGCUGGUGAGACGCCCAAGCCGGCUACGCCUGGCGACGCCGAGGCCGGUGCUGCUUCGAAGGAUGACUUGGCUGCAUCGGAUCUCUCAUCCGGCGAGGACGACAGCGAGAGCGAUAGCGAUAGCGAUAUGGACUAG